AUGCUCUGUGUGGUGCUCUGUGUGGUGCUCUAUGUGGUGCUCUGUGUGGUGCUCUGUGUGGUGCUCUGUGUGGUGCUCUGUGUGGUGCUCUGUGUGGUGCUCUGUGUGGUGCUCUGUGUGAUGCUCUGUGUGAUGCUCUGUGUGGUGCUCUGUGUGGUGCUCUGUGAUGCUCUGUGUGGUGCUCUGUGUGGUGCUCUGUGUGGUGCUCUGUGUGGUGCUCUGUGUGAUGCUCUGUGUGGUGCUCUGUGUGGUGCUCUGUGA